GGCCCCGCCCCUGUGGGCGUGUCCGUGGGCGGGGCGGGGUCACCCGGCUCUGUCCCGUCGUGCCCCGCGCGGCGCUGCCGGCGGCCGCGGUCGGGGCAAGAUGGCGGCGGAGGCGGCGGACUCGUGGGACGCCGACAGCUUCGAGGUGGUGGAGCCGGUGGCGAAGCGGCUGGUGCCGGGGGUGGCCGGGGACCGCUGGGCCGGCGAGGAUGAGGAGGACGACGUGAAGGAUAACUGGGAUGAUGAGGAGGAAGAGGAGGAGGUGAAGGAGACAGAGGUAAAACAAGAACCGAAAGUCUCGGAAAAAAAGAAAAUAGCAGAAAAAAUCAAAGAAAAAGAAAAGCUACAGAAGAAAAAGCAAGAGGAGCUUAAAAAAAGGUUAGAGGCACCCGAGGAGCAGAAGGAGCUCACACCAGAAGAACAGUUGGCAGACAAACUACGGCUAAAGAAGUUACAGGAGGAGUCGGACCUGGAGCUGGCAAAGGAAACCUUUGGUGUAAAUAGCACUUGUGGAAUAGAUGCCAUGAAUCCCUCUUCAAAAGAUGACUUCACGGAAUUUGGGAAGCUCCUCAAGGAGAAAAUCACACAGUACGAGAAGUCCUUACAUUACGCCGGGUUUUUGGAAGCGUUGCUUCGGGACAUCUGUAUUUCCUUGGAGGUGGAUGAUUUGAAAAAGAUCACAAACACCCUGACAGUAUUAUGCAGUGAAAAACAAAAACAAGAGAAGAAUAAAGCCAAAAAGAAGAAAAAAGGUGUUGUGCCUGGUGGGGGGCUGAAGGCGACGAUGAAAGACGACCUGGCCGACUACGGCGGCUACGACGGCGAGUACGUACAAGACUUUGAAGACUUCAUGUGACAUUUAUCUCCCUUCUGUUGUCUUUCUGUUGCCCAUAAUCCCUUAAACAUGUAGCACAACCUUUCUUCCUCUAAAUUCUGCCAAAUGCUACAAUCAGAAUUGCAGUAUCUGUGUGCUGGGGGCUGGAGGUGCCGGGAGGAAGCUCCGGGCCGGGGUGGAAUGGAAAAGGUCUGUAAAUCGCAGUUAAAAACCCAAAAUUCUGAUAAUGGGCACUGCUGCUAUUUAUAGCAACAGCCACUAAAUUGGGAAGGAAUUGGAACAAGGUGAAGGAUUGUAACCAGCACAGCUCCAUGACAUGGCCUUAACUGUCCCUGCUCCAGGGCCAGGGCUGAGCACGAGCAGUUUGCAGCAAGGGCAGGGUGUGCACGUAGAGUUCCAGUCGCUUUGUCUUGAGUUAGAGCUUGAGGAUUUCAGUAUUUUGGGAAGGGAACUGCUAACUUCAGUGUGGAAUACUGCACCUGGGAGUGUGGCCCCUGGGACAGCCACUACUCCAGAGCCUGACACCUGAACAGCGCCUGGUGGGGCAGAGCAAGGCAAAACCCACUUGUGUCUCCAGGAUGAAGUUUAGUUCCAUUCAUUUAAAUUUCUACUAAUGCAGCUGUCUGGGUUGGGUGUUCUUUAACAGUUAAUUAAGGGGUUAAGUGUAAAAGAAAAAACCAAACCACACAAAAUCCUUGGGGCUCUCCUGGGUUGUGGUGGGUCUCUCACGACUCGGCCGUUUUCUUUCAUUAAAAACCAAACUUGCUUAGCAAACUGCAGCAGUUCCUACAGUUGGGCAAAUUGUUAUGUUAACAAUUACAACAUCUGCAAUGUUUUAUAAAGCAACUAAUUUAAUAAAAAUCACUAUUGAGGACUUCA